CUAAAAACGACGCUGUUCACCGUUUCAACGAGAAUCGACCAAGUUCCCACGCCAUUCUACGGCCUUCGUCUUGCCUCUUCCCGAAGCUUCCGAGGCGUAUAGAUAUCUCUUUCGGUCUUUUCCCUCUCUCUCUCUCUUUGUGGUCUCUUAGUUACAGUCUUCUCAGUCUCAAUCUCAACGAAGAUGGCCUCAAGGAGGCUUACAAAAUCCGCUUUUGCAGCUAUACUAUCAUCUUCAAGAGCAUCGAGAAUCUCUCUCUAUGACUAUCCUUCUUUGCUCUCGUGUGCUCGCUCAAUCUCUUCUUCCGCUUCUCUGUUUGGUAACUCUGUCAAUGGUAAAAAAUUUGCAGCCAACCACAAUGCCGUUUGGGCCAUCUUUUCUACAGUCACGCUCAGUCGCUGUUUUCACUCUUCCUCUCCGCGUUUCUCCGCUGCAGCUAGCUCUUCACAGGCUAAUCCAUCAGAAUUCACUGAGAUGGCAUGGGAGGGAAUUGUUGGUGCUGUUGAUACAGCACGAAAUAGCAAACAGCAAGUGGUGGAAACUGAGCAUUUGAUGAAAGCCCUUUUAGAGCAAAAAGAUGGAUUGGCUAGGAGAAUAUUCACGAAGGCUGGGGUUGAUAAUACAUCAGUUUUGCAGGCUACAGAAAACUUUAUUUCCCAACAACCGAAGGUGAUGGGUGACACCAGUGGCCCAAUAAUGGGUUCAUAUCUUGGCGUCUUAUUAGACAAUGCUCGCAAGCAUAAGAAAGAAAUGGGCGAUGAUUUUGUGUCAGUGGAGCAUUUUGUGUUAGCAUUCCAUUUGGAUAAGAGGUUUGGGCAACAGUUACUGAGGAGCCUCCAACUCAGUGAGAAGGAUAUGAGAGAUGCCAUCCAAGCUGUUCGAGGAAGUCAGAGAGUAAUUGAUCAAAAUCCUGAAGGGAAGUAUGAAGCAUUGGACAAAUAUGGUAAUGACUUGACUGAGCUUGCUAGGCGUGGCAAACUUGAUCCUGUCAUAGGUCGUGAUGAUGAAAUUCGAAGGUGUAUCCAGAUAUUAUCUAGGAGAACCAAAAAUAAUCCUGUUAUCAUUGGUGAGCCUGGUGUUGGAAAGACCGCAAUUGCUGAGGGACUAGCCCAAAGGAUUGUGCGUGGUGACGUGCCUGAACCGCUAUUGAACCGGAAGCUAAUCUCCCUGGAUAUGGGUUCAUUGGUUGCUGGAGCAAAGUAUCGUGGAGAUUUUGAGGAAAGGUUAAAAGCUGUGCUGAAGGAAGUUACUGCUUCAAAUGGGCAAAUCAUUCUAUUCAUUGAUGAGAUCCAUACUGUUGUCGGUGCAGGGUCUACAACUGGAGCGAUGGAUGCUGGGAACUUGCUGAAACCAAUGCUUGGGCGAGGUGAGCUCCGAUGUAUAGGAGCAACUACACUGAAUGAGUACAGGAAAUAUAUUGAGAAGGACCCAGCGCUUGAGCGCAGAUUUCAACAAGUGUUUUGUGAUCAACCAUCUGUUGAUGACACUAUAUCCAUUCUUCGUGGUCUACGUGAGCGCUAUGAGCUACAUCAUGGUGUUAAAAUAUCAGACAGUGCCCUUGUUUCGGCAGCAAUGCUUGCGGAUAGAUACAUCACAGAACGAUUUUUACCUGACAAAGCCAUUGAUCUCGUUGAUGAAGCUGCUGCAAAGCUGAAAAUGGAGAUUACUUCUAAGCCUACGGAGUUGGAUGAGAUAGACAGGGCUGUAUUAAAGUUGGAAAUGGAGAAGCUCUCUCUGAAGAAUGACACUGAUAAAGCAUCCAAAGAGAGAUUAAGCAAGCUUGAAAGUGAUUUAAGUGAGCUUAAACAAAAACAAAAAGAACUGAAUGAACAGUGGGAUGGUGAGAAGGCACUCAUGACUCGAAUACGGUCAAUCAAGGAAGAGAUUGAUAGAGUCAACCUAGAGAUGGAAGCUGCUGAGCGUGAGUAUGACCUGAAUCGUGCUGCUGAGCUCAAAUAUGGAACUCUGAUUUCCCUUCAAUGCCAGUUAGAAGAGGCUGAGAAAAACCUAGCCGACUUCCGGAAGUCUGGAAAAUCUUUGCUUCGAGAAGAGGUCACAGAUCUUGAUAUUGCUGAAAUUGUAAGCAAAUGGACUGGCAUUCCUGUGUCAAACCUUCAAGAAUCUGAGAGGGAGAAACUAGUAUUCCUGGAACAGGUACUCCACAAGAGGGUAGUUGGCCAAGAUAUUGCAGUAAAAUCUGUGGCUGAUGCAAUCCGACGUUCAAGGGCAGGAUUGUCAGACCCAAAUCGUCCAAUAGCUAGCUUCAUGUUCAUGGGCCCUACUGGUGUUGGCAAAACUGAGCUUGCAAAAGCUUUAGCUGCUUACCUCUUUAACACGGAAAAUGCUAUGGUGAGAAUAGAUAUGAGUGAAUAUAUGGAAAAGCAUGCUGUUUCACGGUUGGUGGGGGCUCCGCCAGGUUAUGUUGGAUAUGAAGAAGGGGGGCAGCUCACUGAAGUGGUUCGUCGAAGACCAUAUUCUGUAGUCCUGUUUGAUGAAAUUGAGAAAGCACAUCACGAUGUCUUCAACAUUCUUUUACAGUUGCUGGAUGAUGGAAGGAUAACUGAUUCUCAAGGAAGGACUGUUAGUUUUACUAACUGUGUUGUGAUUAUGACUUCAAACAUUGGUUCACAUCUUAUACUUGAAACUCUUCGUAAUGCACAAGACAGCAAGGAAGUUGUGUAUGAUAUCAUGAAACGGCAAGUUGUUGAGUUGGCUCGGCAAACUUUCCGCCCAGAGUUCAUGAAUCGGAUUGAUGAAUAUAUUGUUUUCCAGCCUUUGGACUCCAAAGAAAUCAGUAAAAUCGUUGAGAUACAGAUGAGCCGAGUGAAAGAGAGACUCAAACAAAAGAAAAUCGAUCUUCAUUACACCAAGGAAGCCAUAGUACUUUUAGCGACAUUAGGAUUUGACCCGAAUUUUGGAGCUAGGCCAGUUAAGCGGGUUAUACAGCAGUUGGUUGAGAAUGAAAUUGCAAUGGGAGUCCUGAGGGGAGAGUUCAAGGAUGAGGAUUCAAUUAUCGUCGACGCUGAUGUAUCUUCGGACCUACCUCCCCAAAGCAAGUUGCGAGUAAAGAAAUUAGACAGCAGCUCCCCAUCGGAAGCCAUGGUUGCCAAUGACUAAUAAUUUUGUUGUUGUGAAUACGUUCAACAAAAGCUUUGCUUUGGCAUUUGUGUGUAUCAUAGUGCAGAGACAAUGAUGAGGCUAUGCUUUUUUUUUUAAUUACAAAUUGCGUUACGCGGCCACUCGAGCAUAGGCUAUGCUUUCUUCAUGCAAUUUCAGGUAUUUCCUGACAUGAUCAAUUGGAACAAUAAAGUAUGUGCACCGAGUUGCAGCUUUCCAUUAUUAAGCUUUUGCAAACUUUUUUUAA